AUGCCUGAGGGUGCUCCAGUAGGUGGAUCCAGCACCCACAGUCUAACGUUUGUCACUGGCAACGAUGGAAAACGCAAAGAAGUGCAAGCAUGUCUUGAGGGGUACGUCGUUGUUGAGAAUAUCAAGUUAGAUCUUACCGAGAUACAAAGCAACUCGGUAUUUGAAAUCAGCAGAAAUAAAGCACUCAGAGCAUACGAAAUUGUCAAACGUCCAGUACUAGUGGAAGACACCGCGCUCCACUUUGACGCACUGGGAGGGCUACCAGGUCCGUAUAUUAAGUGGUUUCUUGAAAGUAUGUCUCCUGUAGGGCUUACCAAACUUUUGAAAGGGUUCGACACUCGGCGGGCGUACGCUCUCUGCGUCUUUACCUACUGCGCGGGAGCGGAUAUGGUGCUGCAGUUUGAGGGGCGAUGCGACGGCACGAUUGUGGAGUCACCUCGCGGGAAGCAUGGCUUUGGCUGGGACUCUGUCUUUGAACCGGACGAGGGUGGUGGGCAAACCUAUGCGGAAAUGCUGGUCAAUAAGAAGAACCAAAUAUCACACCGUGCAAGGGCCCUUGUGGCGUUAAAAGCGUACUUUUGUCACUAA